UAGUAAUACAUCACGGGCUGAACACAUCGGGGAACCGGAAGUGUCCUAUUAUGGGACGGUGGCUCUCACAUAAACUUCCGGUAGGGUGUGAGCUGGAAGUGAAGUCUCUCUAUCAGGAAUUAAAAGGCUAAUAUCUUCUUCUUCUCCACACGAAAACAAGAUGUCCAAGUCUCUGAAGAAGAUCGUGGAGGAGAGUCGAGACAAGAACAUCCCGGAGGUGGAUAUGUGCGACAGGAGCAUCUCCAACAUGCUGGACAUCCCGGGACUGUUCACUCUGUCCAACAUCACUCAGCUGGUCCUCAGCCACAACAAGCUCACAGCGGUGCCUGCUAACAUCUCUGAGCUGAAGAACCUCGAGGUUCUGAACAUGUUCAACAACCAGAUUGAAGAGCUGCCUACUCAGAUCAGCAGUCUUCAGAAGCUGAAACACCUCAACCUCGGUAUGAACCGUCUGAGUGGCCUGCCCAGAGGAUUUGGUUCACUGCCGGCUCUGGAAGUGUUGGACCUCACCUACAACAACCUGAACCAGAACUCCCUGCCUGGAAACUUCUUCUACCUCACCACCCUCCGCGCUCUCUAUCUGAGUGACAACGACUUCGAGGCCCUGCCUGCCGACAUCGGGAAGCUGACAAAGCUGCAAAUAUUGAGUCUGAGGGACAACGAUCUCAUCUCGUUGCCUAAGGAGAUCGGGGACUUGGCUCAACUCAAAGAGCUUCACAUCCAGGGCAACAGACUGACUGUCCUGCCCCCUGAACUUGGUAAUCUGGAUCUGACUGGUCCGAAGCAGGUGUUUAAAGCAGAGAACAAUCCCUGGGUCACUCCCAUUGCCGACCAGUUCCAGCUGGGCGUCUCCCAUGUUUUUGAAUAUGUUCGCUCGGAGACCUACAAGUAUCUCUAUGGCAGACACAUGCAGGCCAAUCCAGAACCACCAAAGAAGAACAACGAUAAGAGUAAGAAGAUCAGCAGGAAGCCGCUGGCCGCUAAGAAUAAAUGAGGAGAAAACGGAGGAUGGGAGGAGGAUGGAGAAGACAGAGGAUAGGAGGAGGAGGAGAGGAGAUGACUGCUCUCUCAGACCGUCAAACUCACUGCAUGUGCCUUUUUUUCUUCUUUCUCUUUUUUUUUUUUUUUUAAAUAAAAACUAACUUUUUAUAUUACAUUGAAAUGUACACAUUGUGUUUUAAAGAUGUGGAGUUACAUAUUGUUUAGACUCUAUUUCACUGUGUAGUAUAGAGAUCCUAUAGGAGUAGAGAUGCUUGGACAUAGAGGUCAUUAGAGGUCAUUUAGAAGCAAAGUUAAGAAUGUAUUAUAAAGUCAUCCUUAGUCGCUUCAUAUGCAACAUCAGGACAUCAGUAUCAAGAAGUCCUGCAAGGCGACACUGUUCAACUGCUAUGAUACCAAAGGGGAAACCAUUAAUAUAGGCGAGUCCAGCUUUGGACAGAGUCCCACUGCUCUGUUGCUAUUUAGUGAUAAUCCAGCGUGUGAAAGUAUUCAACCCUCUAAUGACUAACCCUGGAUGUCCACUUGAUGCCGCUCAGUGCCGACACAUCUUCAUUGCAGUUCAAAUGUCCACUGGAAGCCAUAUUUCCGCUGAUGCAGCUGCAUUCACACGAUUACUCUCGCUCUUCAUUCUUCCGUAUGCUUUUUGGUUCGCCACAACUUCUGCAUACUUUCAGCUACAGAAACUAUUGAAAUAUCAAAAGCUCUGUAAGGACAUUUAUUGUAUUCAACUUUUUGUCUACCUUUUAUGCUAUGAGCUUCAUUCAACAUGUGAGUAAGUGAAUGGGAGGAAUCUUCAAAACCCACUCCACUUUGAAGUUCUCGUACUUCAGCAAACUUUCAGCUACAGACUUCAUUUGAACUUUAAACGGGUCACAAGACUUUGAACAAUUCAACUUGUAUUAUAUAUUAUUAUAUGUUUUUGAAAGAUCAGUUAAAUGUAUUUUCUGAGUUUAUAAUGGGUGUGUAUAGUGCUGCCUAGAGUGCAACACGUGACCUGUGAUGUCAACUCUUCUGCUUUUUAAAAAAUCACAAGAAUUUGAACUAUUAAUCCCGCGCUCAGCUUUGUGAUAUCUUUCAGCUAUGCGGUGCAAUUCAGCCCUCAUACAUUUCAGCUCUCAACUCUUCAGGGCAAUACAGUUCAUCUGUCUGAUAUCAAUACAAAUCAUUUCUUCUUUCAGCCUUUCAGACAUUCAUUUUAACUUUUCCAGCUUUUCUAGCAAUGUAGUUCAGCUCUUAGCUUCUUUAGGUAAUGCUUAAGCUUCCAAUUCUGCUAGUUUUCCAUUUAAGCCUCCAGGUUUUCAACAGUGCAAUGCAAUGUAUUUGAGAUUUUUCAGGCCAAUAAUUUCAGAUUUCUGCAAUUCAGCACUUUAUUUCAGCUUUCAGUAUUCAUGCACAUUUUCGACAUGAAACACAUGUUCUAGUUUAGUUAUUUAUCAUGUUUUACAAGCGUACUCAAAAGUGAGUUUUCUUUUGUCUCUGUCUGUCUACUCACUCUCUCUUGCCUUACGUUUUGCGGAAUAUAAUGUGUAUGUAAAGAUAGAACAGCCAACAAAAGAGCAGCAAGUGAGAUAUUCCGGUGGACAUAGCACACCAGCUAGAAAGACAGCAUAUUGUCUCCAGCUGGCGCGACUUAGCCGAUGGAAGUCUUUUGAGUUAUUGCUAUUAUCUGUAAGAGUGAGGAAACAGACUCAGUCACACCAGCAAUUAACUGUGUUCAUUCCACUGAUCUGUGAUCAUUCUGAGACUCACUGUACCUUCAACUCAACAUUCACUUUGUCAAGUUAUUUUUCUAAGCUUCACCGAUUGUCCAUCACAUUUCAAUCUGUUGCAUAACUGAAAGAAUAUAAACUAUUCGUCGUGCUAUUAUAUUUAUCACAGGCCAAAAUGUACUGAAAGUUAAUCACGCUCGCUGUGUUGAACACUUCAAAUAAAACAACGAAGAACAA